AUUAUCUUUAGGUCAAUAAAAUCUUUUGCUCUAUUUUUAUCAUUUGGAACCAUCGGCUCUAUUCCUUAUAACAAAAAGGAAGAUGUUGAUUUUGAGAAAUAAGUUUUGAAGAUAUGUUUAUUGUUUAACUCGCCAAAGGUGAUGAGCCAGGAGACUCCAGUAGCAGGUGGAGACCGGAAGGGUAAUGCAGUACUCCUGAGGAAAGGCUCUGCACACAAGAUGGCGCUGAAGGAGAAAAUUGUGCAGAUAUACGAGGCUUUUUUUCAGGGUGAGGACAUGUCUGCUGGAAAUGCCAAUUUUUGGGAUGAACUAUUCUUGUUGAAGGUUAAUACCUUGUACAUUGAAACAGAAUGUGACAAACUGACCGGAGAUGGGUUAGUGCAAGUAAAGGAUAACUUCAACAUGAUGUUUGAGAGGUGUGUGGAAGUCAUCAAACAGGACAACUCUGUGAGAACUGUCAACGCUGUACACACCCUGUGUGCCCUGGUGCGAGGUAUCUACAGAAAGAGCCUCAAGGAUAAUGCCUUUGAUGCUAUCAACCUUCUCAUUGGCUUCGAUAAUGCAGAGUCUGUUUUCCAGUCCCUAGUGGAGAGCUUCAACAGGAUCCUCAGUGGGGACUUCCCAGUGGCACUCAAGCAGCUCCUUCUCAAGUUCAUGCUGGUCCUUGUCUCGGUGACAGAGAACAUUAGUCAGAACACCCUGCUGGAGUAUGUGCUCAUCAACAGUGUGUAUGAGUCCCUGAUAGCCGUCCUGGGUAGCCCAGUAUUGAGGCAAGCCCUGGGAGUGGAUGCUAUACUGCUGCUCACACUUCUCGUCCAGUAUCGGAAACAUGAGUCAGCAAAUCCGUACAUUGUGAAACUGUCAAUACUGGAUGAUGAGCUAGCCCUAACAGGAUAUGCCCAGGUUGUGUCCAUAGCUUUGUCAGACUUCAACAGUGACUACAAGGCUAGAGGCACUGAGCCACAGUCUGGUUGGUUCUCCACUCUUGCCAAUAUGGUUGGAAACAUGUUUGUUGGAGAAGAAAAAGAAAUGGCAGCUGUUAAGGCCAAUGAUUCCGUGCUGCUUGCUUUGUAUGAGGCUAUACAUCUCAACAGAAACUUCAUCACAGCUCUAACUCAUGCCCACACUCCAUCCAUAGCUACCACGCCCCCAUCUUCCCCUGCAACUGACAUACCCCCUACUGGGGACAGCUCAGGCCACUCUCUAGAUGUACAGACCAGUCCUGAGCCUGACCAUCUGCCUACCAACCUGCUAGUUACCUUCCUGGAAUACACCUCCAUAGUCAUACAGGACACAAAAGAUGAGACGCGAUACAACAAUGCUCGCCUAUGUUUGAUCAUCAUGACCUGUAUAGCCGAGGACCAGUACGCCAACUCAAUGAUGCACGACAUCAACAUGAACUUCCGUGUUCCCCUUCACAGACUGCCAAUGCGACACAGGAAAGUGAAGUUUGAGGCAUCACCACCUUCUAGGCCCCUAGCUUGCGCAGUAUUAGAUCUGAUGGUGGAGUUUAUCAUGAGUCACCUGAUGAAGACGAUGCCUGUAGAAUUAUAUACUCGAUGUCUGGGUAUUUGUCACAGAAUUCUGUGCUAUCAGAAGAAGUGCAGAGUUCGGCUCCAGUACCCAUGGAAGAGCCUGUGGACAGCUUUAAUCAACCUCCUGAAGUUUAUUCUUUCCCAUGAAAACCAUCUAUUGAAGAAAUCCAACGUAUUCCACAUGUGUUCAAAGAUUGUGAACAUUUUCAACCUGUUUAUAACAUAUGGCGAUACAUUCCUUCCCAACCCCAACAGCUAUGAUGAACUCUACUAUGAGAUUAUACGAAUGCAUCAAGUCUUCGACAAUGUUUAUUCGAUGGCUCUGCGUUACUCCACCAGUGAUAAUGAGCAUAGGGAGUCAGCAUCCAGACUCAUCAACCACCUAGUGAACAUCAGAGCGAUUAUUAACCACUUUACCCCGAAGGUAGACAACUGGGCGGCUACGAACCACUUGUCAUCUCUGACAGAGGAACAGGUGCUGGAGGUAGUGAAGGCCAGCUAUGACACCCUGACCUUGAAGCUACAGGACAGUCUGGACCAGUAUGAGCGAUACUCUGAGAAACCCAGGGAGACCGGCUUCUUCACACAACUUGUUCGCUCCAUAUUGCUGACGGUGCGCAAGUCAGUGGCAGAGAUCCCUAUAGAUCAGCACACCAUUCUCCAAGAGGUCUCAACCAUGCCACCCACCCCUUGAUAAGCAGGGGCAGUCUGGAGUGUGAGCUGGAAGACCCAUAGUAGUGUGUAGCCCUAAAAAGGAAGAACACAAGGUCACCUUGCCAAAGUAGCCCAUGGCUGUGCAUAUGAUUUGACCAAAGACAUGUCUAUUUGCUACAGCUUUUUCUGCAAUAUUAUUGUAUCAGUUGCCUCAAAUAAGUACCAUGUCAUCACAGCAAGGAUAGAGAAAUCUCAUGUUCAAACAAGCCACUAGCAGCAUGCUAGUAAAGCAAUUUCCUGCAAAGUUGUAAUUGUCUUUUUAUGCUUUUGCACAACUGGAACACAAAAUCCAGAUAUUGAAAAUGUCUUUGAACAGUUUUUAAUCACCCAUUACAGAGUUAAUUUUUAUUCCAGGGUAAAUUUCGUACCUUCUCUCACUGUUAUCAAAUGUUUUAAUACCUUAGAUUAAUAGAUAGAUUCUUAUGAUUAGUCUUUAACUUACUAGAAAUAAAUUUCGAUUUAAGCAUCGUGGUCCUUUCUUUCAACACCAUGUGCAGAUAUUGUAUUUGGCCUACCUGACCUGACGACAGUGGUUAAUUUUGACCAACUAAAAUCUUGUAUGUAAGUUAUUAGUUUUUUAUGCUCCCCCAAAAUUUAUUUUGGGGGGGGAAUAUAGUCGCCGCUUCGUCUGUCCGUGUGUGUGUCCGUCCGUGCACUUUUUGUCCGGGCUAUUUCUCAGCAACUAAUGACCGAAAUUCAAUGAAACUUUAUGGGAAGCUUCACUACCAAGAGAUGUGCAUGUUAUCAGCGGGUUCUGGUCAGAUGAUUUUUCACAGAGUUAUGGCCCUUUGAAAAAUUAUUUUCUAUAAAAAAAAAAUCUUGUCCCCCCCCCCCCCCCCCCCCAACUACUGUGCCUUCAAGACUUUCCUUUUAUCUGAAUAUAUAGUGCAACAUUGUGACAAAAAAAAAAAGGCAUCACCCGUCUCCGACGGUUUCUUGUUCACUUAGUUCCAUCAUAUGAGAAAUAAAAACUCAAGGUACACAUGAAUGAUUAUUGAAGGUACUCGUUUUUAGCAUUUAUUAAAAACAUUUAUCAUUCCAUUGUUAUGUUGCUUUUUCAGUCAAAAUUACUUUGGAUUUCUUAUGGAUGCAAUGAGUUAUAUGGCCACAUCCCCUCCAGGAUGUGCCAACAUUAAAUCUGAAAACAAUUGUAAUAAAAAUGAUAACGAUUAGCUUGUGUAUGAGUAAAAUCAAUGUUAAGUUUUAUGUCCAGCAUGCAUGGUUUUAUCUUAGUCUAUGUAUACCACAUCUGGCAACACAGUUACAGAGUUCUAGGUUAAGGAAACACUUUGUAUCAUAAAUGCUGAAGUUAAACUACAAGAGGGAUCUCUUAAUGUGGUAGUUGAUAACUAACAUGAUUCGUGUUUUGUUGCAUUUUAUUGAAAACAGUUACAUAUGAAGAUGAUUUUCUGAUGUUUUUGUUGUUUUAGUUUAUUGAUGACAUUUUAUUUUGAAUAUUUUACUGUUAUUUCAUAAAGUGGUACCACAACCUACUACUGUUUUAAUGUGCGAUUGUUUUUAAUUUAAUAUGCUGUGUUGUACAAUUUGACGAAGACAUGAAAUAAGGGGCAUCUUCAGAUGGCUGUGAUUGUAAUAUAAUGUAUACCAGUAGUUAGUCAGGUUUGGAACUUUUUGGGAUGCAUAUAUUUUGGAAAUCAUUCUGGCAUUAUCUUUGAAUAAUAUUCACUGAUUGAGAAUUGCUAUUUGGUGCAAUAUGUAGUAUUAUUUAAGUAAUUUAUGUAUAAAUAAAUUGUGCUCUUCAUGGUGUUUGUGGGCCGUUUGUAUAAAAAAAAUGCAGUGCAUUGAUGGUUUGGAAGACAUGGUAAGUAAAGUUCGCCAAGCAAUCGGGUCAAGAGUAUGAUCCCAACAUAGGGGAUGUUCUCUUAGACACUAAGCACUGUUUCUCAUCCAGAAAACAAACUGCAUAGUCUUGAUAAGCCUGUAGGUUUUUUUUCACUGUCAAGUUGACUUAUGGAGCUUUAAGCAGAAGCAAUACAGGUUUUUCAUCCUUUGAACAACGUGUGUGAGACCAUGAAUAAUUUAAAUUACAUACCAUAAUGUUGGGGAUUUUUUUUAUAUUUAAUCUAGGUCUAUUGCUCAAAAUCAUUCUUCAAAAAUUAAUCAAAUUCCAAAUGUUCAGCUUUCAGAUUUGAAAAGACAUAUUCCUAACCAUACCCAAUGGCAUAUAUAUCAUUUGUGUAUUAAUACAUUACAUUAAAAUAUAGUGUUUCCAUAUUAACAAAUGCAUAGAUUUCGUGGCUUUUUGUUUAAUGUUGAUAUGGUAUGUACAACAAACAAUAUCACGGGAUGUACUUGGCUUUUCCUUACAUCACCAAUAAUCACUCAUAAAUGUAUUUAUGGAACAGCUUACAUGUUCUUGAAAUCCUAUAAUUGAUGAACCAUAACUAUCAUGUAACACUCAAGUACAAUACAAAAAGAUUGAAUGCUCUUUGAGAAGUUUCUUUGAAACUUAACAACAAACAUUUUAAGUUACAUUUUCCUUAUAUUAUUAUUUUUUUAUUAAUCACAAAUAGACUUUCAAACUGCAAAAACAAACAUUGGACUCUAAGCCAUUUGGUAAGCAAUAGGCACUGUUUAAUACGCCUAUUACAUACCAUAGUAAUGCAUUCAGACCAUUUGAUGUACCAAUAAGAGUAGAGAUUAUAUAUUAACUUUCACAAAGUAAAUAUGUCUGUUUAAUAAAUGCAUAAAACUAUCAAAACAACAGCAAAGUAAAAGCACUAUGUGGAUUAAUAUAAUUCAAUCUAUUACAUACACAUUUCAACUAAAUAAAGAAACCAAAUUAUUAUACACAACAAAUUUUGAUCACAAACAAGUCAAAUCCUAACUGUAAAGCAGUGUUAAAAAAUCGAAUAGGAAGCCCACAGGAGCAUAAAAAUAGAAACAUAUAUAUAUAUAUUAUCAUUUCUUUCAAAAUAUUAUGGCACUACGGCGCACAUGUUGCGUAACAAAUACAUAAAUACUUUACAUUCAAACAGAAAUACAUUAAUAAAGCAGCUAAUUUUGUAUUUAACACCAUCAAACAAACAAUACUCUCACUCCUUGCAAUGCUAGAUCACCGGUUCUUCACUAUCACAGCAAUCAAAGGCUGUUAAUCAUGACUAUUACAUAUUCCCUAGGCUACAAUUUCUCCGAUAUUCUCCAGCCUAUUUUAACAUGUUAAGCUAAAGCUCUCUUUUUACCACUUACCAAAGGCGGAGUGAUAUAGUUAUUAUGGCGUUGUCCGUCCAUCAGUCUGUCAGUCCGUCUGUCACAAACUUUGUAAAGCUAUAUCUCAGAAACUACAAAAAUAUCAAUAUGAAACGUCAUGGUGUAUAAAUAAAAAUGAGGAGAAGUACCUUGCACAUGAACCAUAACGCUACACUUGUUUAAUUAAGUCUAAAGAGUUAUCACCCUUUGGUGUUUUGUAUGAUUAUGCUGUAUAUCAAGGGAUUUGUACAUUCCAUUGCAGGCUUUUCAGCA